AUGGUUGAUCGUGGGCGUCAAAGGAACUACUAUGGACAUUACUUUGUUUAUAGAAUUAUAUUCACAAUGGUAUUUGUAUCACUAUCACAUGCAGAUUUAUUGAAAUCGGAGAACAAUUCAACGGUUUGCUCGGAAUUCUUAUCAUGCCUAAAAUGUGCGAAACACGCCUCUUGCAGUUGGUCGUUAGACAACCAGAAAUGUAUAAUGACACCUUCAAAUUUAGGAAAUUUAACAGUGAACAUUGAAGGACACUGUCCACAGUUCACUAUACUGAAAAAAUCCGUCCUGAGGGAUGAGUUAUUUUCUUACUCGGUAGCGGUGUCGAACGAUAAGAACAAUUUCCUAAAAUUUCUACAAGGGCAUAAAAUCACGUGCAAUCUAGAAAACGAGAAACUCACGGGAUAUGUGUUAAACGACGAAAUCAAAUGCAACACGAAAAAACUAACGGUACAGAGGGACAAGCGAUUUAAAGCGUUGAUGAUUUUCCAUUAUUACAUUACAAUCGACGAUGACAUAAUACUAAGAUUCAACAACGAUUCUGACAAUUAUUUUGCGUAUUACGAUCACGAUUGCAACAGGUUGUUGAGAGACGAAGAGUGCGUGACGUGCAUGUGGACCGAGUGCGGGUACAAGAACUACUUCAAACGGUGUACGACGAAAAACCGGUGCGUGGGCCAGUACGAGUAUUACGGCAAGUGGCACUUGAACAAUUACACCUUAGUGGGGACCGACAACGUGGACAAGGACGGUGGUGUGCGUCUAGAGUGUCCGGAAGCUGAGAUUCAAUCCGUGGACCCGAUGACGGCACCGUAUCUGGGAGGCACGAUGGUGCGUUUUACGGUUGUCAACCACCACAUCUUGGCCGAGGGGAAGGAAGUAGCGGUGACGGUAGCCGGGCGCGAGUGCUCGGAACCCAAAACGAAGCGAAUGAAUAGAGAUGACGUGACGGCCAUUUCCUGCACCAUGAUGCCGGCGACCAACACGGAUCGCCGCCGCAACCACGAAGGCCCGGUUCGGGUGCUGUACACCGGCGACCAACCCAAGGUGACCAUCACGUCGUCGCUCGUCAUCGGACUGGUGGACCCCGUGAUCACGGACAUGAGCCCAAGGUGCGGGCCCGCGGCCGGCGGCACCAUGUUGCGUAUCGGUGGUCGGUUCCUGGACGCGGGCACCUCGUUGAGGGUGUCGGUGGGAGACUACGCGACGUGUGAACCAGUGGCAAUAUACUCUGACCUCAUACUGUGCCGGACGAAACCAGCCUCGGUGGACGGGCCCACGGCUGCCAGGGUCAACGUAAUUUUCGAUGGACAGCUGAGCAAGUACGUCGGCGACGGGUCGGUGGUCUUCACGUACGCGGCCGUGCCAGCGCUGGACCCAGGACAGUCGCUGCAGGGCAUCGCGACCGGUGGCACAGCCGUCCAGCUGCGUGGCCGGCACUUCUCGUGCCUUCGGUACGCCAUGUUCUACGUCCGACACGGAGAACGGGUGCACUACACCAGCUGUAGGUUGGUCAACGACACACUGGCCGUGUGCAGAGCACCAAAGCUCGAGUACGGACGCGGCAGUGCCAUCACGUCGUUGAAGUACGGACUUCGGGUGCAGGACCCCGAGUUCCACGAGAUGGACCUGUUGCCACCACGGGAUAUACACGGUUACAGCCUGCACCCCGACCCGGUGCUCUUGGACUUCGUGACGGACGGCCACACUUUGACAAUCAACGGCCGCGACUUGGACCGCGGCUACCGGCAGCAAGACGACCUGACUGUCCGGUUCCGCGGUUCCGGUAGCGUGUGCGACGUCGUGUUCACGGACCACCAACGGAUCGUGUGCAUGCCGACUACUAACGCGUCAGUGGCCGACCUGACGACGGUGAUCGGAGUGAUCGUCACCAUCGGCGACACGUUCGCGUACGUGGUGAAGCGCAAGGCGGACAGCCGGAGCCACGGCCUCGGUGGGGCUCCGUCGGACAGCGUGGUCGCCGGCGUCAAGAUCGUAUUUCUGAUCGCCAUAGCCAUUGCAUGCAUCGCCGUGUACCGCACCAAGGCCAGACACCGUGUAGGCGCCACGGCGUCAGCGGCGUCGGCGGCGUCCACCCAUCCCACCACCGCGGUCGGAUAUCGCAAAAGAUGA